ACUACCCAAUGCUUUAAUACAGGUUUAGAUGGUUGCUUUAUCAAGCUUUCUACUGGGCAACAGAUACUUGCUGCCACUGGUAGGGAUGGGAAUAACAACAUAUUCCCUAUUGCAAUUGGUAUUGUUGAUAAGGAGGACAAGGAAAGUUGGACUUGGUUUCUUAGCCAAUUAAGAGCUUGCAUUGGAGAGGGGAACAAGUGGGGCACAUACACAAUCAUCUCUGAUAGACAGAAGGGGCUGUUGAAUGCAAUUCAAGCUGUGUUCCCACACUCACCUCAAAGAUAUUGUCUUAGACAUAUCUAUGCAAAUUUCCAGUCAGCUGGCUUCAGGAGUGAGGAGUUGAAGAAGCAUAUGGACAAUGCUGCAUAUUCAUACACCAAGAAUGGUUUUGAGGUUGCAAUGAAUGAACUGAGAAAGGAGGAUGAAGAUGCUUGGAAGUGGCUUUGUGAUAUCCCUAAAGAGACUUGGGCAAGGCAUGCUAUGGAUCACACAUGCAAGACAGACCUAGUAGUUAACAAUCUUAGUGAAGUGUUUAACAAGAUGAUACUAGAUGUGAGGAACAAGCCAAUAAGGAGCUGCGUAGAUGGAUUCAGAACUAAGUUGAUGGUUAAGUACCAAGCAGUUAGAGAGAAGACAGAGAAGAGUAAGUGGGAGAUAACACCCACUUAUAUGGAGAAGUUGGAGGAGUCAAAGAAGUACUCAAGGCAAUGCACUGCAUACAUGGCAGGUCCUGGUAUUUGGCAAGUCACUAGUGGGGAGUCUACCUACUGUGUGAACCUUGAUAAGUGGACCUGUGACUGCAAGAAAUGGGACCUAUGUGGUUGGCCAUGUAACCAUGCAGUUUCUGCCAUUACAAGAGUGAAGGGGCAGCCAGAAGACUAUGUGCAUGAGUUCUUCAAAAAACCAUUGUAUAAGGAAACAUACAAGCACAUCAUCUACCCUGUACCAGGGCCUGACUGUUGGCCUAGGACACCAACUGCUGACAUAGAUCCACCAGAUGGCAACUAUCACCUGUAG